AUGGAGGUGGAGAAAAGGAUAAUGGUGAAUGGAGGCAGGAAACUACCAAUUGGUUACAGAUUUCACCCAACGGAGCAAGAACUUAUCCUUCACUACUUGCUCCCAAAGACCUUUGCCUCUCCUUUGCCUUCCUCUAUCAUUCCUGUCUUUGAUGUCUUCUUCUCUCAUCCUCUUACUAUCCUAGGGGGUCAUAAAGAGAAGCAGAGGUACUUCUUUGGCAAGAAGAGAAGAGAAAUGUCAAGUAAUGAGAACAGAAUCAAGAUUUCAUCUGGCGACGGUUAUUGGAAACCUUCUGGGAAAGAGAGACAAAUCAUUGCUUGUGGUAGAACAGUUGGGAUUAAAAGAACACUUGUUUUCUAUGAAACAAACAAGUCUUCUUCUAAUUGCAACAAAACCAGAUGGAGCAUGACAGAGUAUUGCCUUGCAGGAUUCGCAUCAACUAAGGUGUUUGGAGAGUGGGCUGUGUACAAUGUGUAUGAGAGGAAAGGAUCAAAAGGAAGAAAACAGAGGAAAUCAAAAAGGAGAGAUGAUGAAGACUUGAGUUGCAUCCAUUUUACGAUUGGGUCGGAUCAUGAAACCGGCCCUCCACCGCCCUCGCCUCCUACCUCAGCUGAUGAGUCAGGCAGUAUUAUUUAA